UUCGGUCCAGGGCAUGAAAAAAGCCAUUCAAGCAACACUCGAUCAUCUAACAUCCACCGACGAGACACCGAAACACGGAAAUUGUCCGGCUGGAGCUGAUAGCUGGUGUAAGUGGCGCAAGGCUGAGACAGCAGGUUGUGCAGCGUCAUUUAAACAUCCCCCUCCUCUUCACCCAAAUGUUGAGAAACAUUUGCAACCGAUCUUCGACGAUCUUUCGAAUGACAGUCUUUUGGAAAGGUGUUUAGGCGGUUACACACAGAAUGCAAAUGAAAGUUUCAAUUCUACCGUUUGGCGUUUAUCGCCUAAACACAUUUACAGUGGAGCAAAAAUCGUCUGCAUUGCUGCGAAUAUUGCUGCAUCGAUAUUUAACGAAGGCUACAAUGCAGUGUUAAUGAUAAUGAACAAAUUGGAUAUCGAAAUUGGGAUCCAGGCACACAAUUUUGCCAUAACGAAGGACGAGAAGCGAAUAAACAGACAGAACCGCCGAAGCUAUAGCAGCUCAAAAGAGGCAAGAACGGCUCGUAGGAUGGAGAUGAUGGCUCAAAACGAGUUCUACGAGGAAGUGGAGGGGCUACUUUAUGCAGCUGGAAUCGCUGAUUAGCGUGAGACUGCCGUAAGUUGUGAAUAUGUAGUAUUUUUAUGCAUCUAAAACUUUAAACGCGUUUUUCUCGAAACACGUUUUUUUGAUUUUGUGUACACGAUUAAGAGAAAUCUACUAAACCGAUUUGGCUUUAUGACCUCUCAUUUUAAAGAUAAUUAAAUGCUCUUCGAUGUGACAUUAAUUGUUUUUUGAAAAAAAAAAUUUUUUCAUAUUUUUUUCGUAUUUUAAAGUCGAUUUUUUUUUAACGAAAAACGCACUUUCAAUUUUAAACUGUGUAAAAACAUGCAAUUUCGACUUUUUCUUUAAAAAAUCGAAAUGUCACAUAGAAGCUAGU